AUGUCUCAAUCACCCAAGCAGACCCCCAACGCUGGUCCUCCCGUACAGGACGAUGGCCGCUUCAACUUCUCUACUGUGUCGCCUGUGCCGGAAGAGCCUUGCACCCCCAAUGCUGGCGCAAAGGCGACCGGUUUCGCCUCAUUGCCAUCCUUCAACGCUGCGGCUGGGGGUCCCAGUAACGAAGCAGCCUCGAGCGCCUUGAGCCCCUCCGCUGCCGAUCGAGUCUUCCCCAUACGGAGCGCCAUCAGCGUUGACCCUACCCCCACCCCCAAGGGUGGUCAUUCGCAGGGCGACUACUUCCAUCCAUAUUCACGAACCAACGAUCCGCGCUUCACAAGCGACUCUCGUAGAGCCUCGCAGGGCUCCACCACCUCACAAUCAUCACAUGCCUCGCAACGCAACUGGGGUGUGCGCCAUGGAGGGAACAAGCCUGAUUCGGCCUCCGACACUCAGCGUUCGUCCUUCAAAGCAUCCCAAAGAGGUGACGGUUCGAGAAUAGCUGCCCCCAUUUUGCCCCCACAGCUGUUCAACGACCUGGCCUCAACAAAGUCAGGCGGGAGCGCGCCUAACGGCAGUCAAUCCCCAGGUUCCAAGGCCGAUCGCGCACCGUCAAUUGGAGGCACUUCUGCUAGAAGCGGCAUCAGCAGCCUGGAUAUGGGUGGCCUGGUCACACACCGCUUCAAGCAUGUCACAACCGAGGGGGGACACAUGGUCAUAACAGGCCGUGAGGGUGAUACCCUGCAGCGCUGUGAGGACGAGCCCAUCCAUCUCCCGGGCGCUGUGCAAGGCUUCGGUCUAUUGCUGGCAUUGCAAGACGACGCCGAAGGGAGUCUGCUUGUGCGCGUUGUAAGUGAGAACUCUAAGCGCAUUCUUGGGCGCACACCAAAGGAACUCUUCGCUCUAGAGAGCUUUACAGACAUCCUCUCCGAAGAGCAAGCAGACAAUCUCCUGGACCACAUCGACUUUAUCAAAGAUGAAGAUUCCGAUGUCACGUCCAACGGGCCCGAAGUCUUCACCAUGUCCAUCAAAGUAGCAGGCUACAACCGAACGCGCAAGCUAUGGUGUGCAAUCCACAUGACCGAGUCCAACCCUGGGCUUGUUAUCUGCGAGUUCGAGCUUGAAGAAGAUUCACUAUACCCCCUGGUUCCCUCCAACGAAAUUACGCCAGAGCUGCCGGAAGAUACGUUAUCCAGCCAGCCCACGGCUGAGGAAUUAAUCGAGAGCACAGAAAUCAAGAGCAAACCCCUGCGGGUCCUCCGCAGUGCUCGGAAACGGAAGGGCGAGGCUGCUGCGAUGGAGGUCUUCAACAUUAUGUCACAGGUGCAAGAACAACUGGCCGCGGCGCCAUCACUGGAAAAGUUUUUAAAGGUUCUUGUGGGUGUAGUCAAGGAGUUGACUGGCUUCCAUCGGGUUAUGAUAUACCAAUUCGACCAAACCUUCAACGGCCGUGUCGUUACUGAACUUGUUGACCCUCGAGCGACCAAAGAUCUCUACAAGGGAUUGAACUUCCCUGCCUCUGAUAUCCCGAAGCAGGCUCGCGAGCUAUACAAACUCAACAAGGUACGUAUGCUCUACGACCGCGACCUAACAACCGCAAGACUUGUCUGUCGUACCGCUGAGGAUUUGGAGAGCCCUCUCGAUCUCACUCACUCGUAUCUUCGCGCAAUGUCUCCCAUCCAUCUCAAGUACCUUGCGAACAUGGCCGUAAGAUCCUCAAUGUCCAUCUCCAUCAACGCCUUCAAUGAGUUGUGGGGUCUCAUUGCCUGUCAUUCGUACGGGCCACGCGGUAUGCGAGUGUCGUUCCCUAUUCGCAAGAUGUGUCGCAUGGUCGGCGAUGCAGCGUCACGAAAUAUCGAAAGGUUAUCGUAUGCCUCAAGACUACAGGCUAGGAAGCUCAUCAACACCGUGCCGACGCAACAUAAUCCUUCCGGAUACAUCAUCGCUUCUUCUGAUGACCUCUUGAAACUUUUCGACGCCGACUUUGGUUUGUUGUCGAUCCGCGAUGAGACAAAGAUUCUCGGUGUUCUGGAAAACUCACAAGAAGCUUUAGCUAUGUUGGAGUACCUCAGGAUGCGGAGAAUUCAAUCGGUCAUGACUUCCAUAGAUAUCAUCUCGGAUUUUCCAGAUCUACGAUACCCGCCUGGUUUCCAUAUCAUAGCAGGCAUGCUCAUCGUUCCCUUGUCGGUAGAUGGCGAGGACUUUAUUGUUUUCUUCAGGAAGGGUCAACUGAAGGAGGUGAAAUGGGCCGGCAACCCAUAUGAGAAAUUCAUAAAAGAAGGCACCGAGGGCUAUCUAGAACCCCGGAAGAGUUUCAAGACAUGGUCCGAGACUGUUGUUGGAAAGUGCCGCGAAUGGACAGAAGAAGAGAUCGAGACCGCCUCAGUACUAUGCCUAGUUUACGGAAAGUUUAUAGAAGUCUGGAGACAGAAAGAAGCCGCCCUUCAGAGCAGCCAACUGACCCGACUGUUGUUGGCGAACUCGGCACACGAAGUACGUACACCGCUGAAUGCAAUCAUCAACUACCUCGAGAUAGCAUUAGAGGGCGCUCUAGACACGGAAACGCGAGAGAACCUUUCGAGAUCGCACUCGGCGUCCAAAUCACUCAUCUACGUGAUCAACGAUCUGCUCGACUUGACAAAGACGGAAGAGGGCGGACCACUCAUCAAGGGCGAGUCGUUCGAUUUCAAGGAGACGAUAAAAGAGGCAACGAAUAUGUUCCGGAACGACGCCAAGCGGAAGAAGAUUGCCUACGAAGUUAUCGAACACCCGGGCCUACCUACUCUCUGCAUCGGAGACCAACGCCGAGUCCGCCAAGCCAUAUCCAAUAUCACCGCAAAUGCCAUCCAGAAAACUACCCAAGGAAGCGUCAAGGUUGAGGUAUAUGUCGCAGCAAAACCGAGCAGAGACCAUGUCGAGGUUGAAGUUGCAGUGUCUGAUACGGGUGUUGGCAUGAGCCAGAAGAAGCUCGAUCAACUCUUCUAUGACCUGGAACAAGUUCAGUCCGAGCCCACUUCGAUGCUAGAAGACGCUCUUGUACCGGACAAGAAGCAAAUUGCAGAACAAAGCAAGAAGUCAACAUUGGGUCUUGGUUUAGCUGUCGUUGCACGCAUUAUCAGGAACAUGAAUGGGCAAUUAAGAUUGCGAUCAGAGGAGGGUAAAGGCACAAGAUUCGUCAUACAGUUUCCAUUCGACCUUCCAGACGCCGAAGUAGAAGCUGUAUCAACAGCAGGGGCCUCGCCAGCUGGCAGCAUCACACCCCAACCCGACAGUAUCCUCUCGAGCAUGUUACCUGGCCCUGAGAACGGUGAGCGAACUCUGAUCGCACCGAGUCUAUCACGGCACACUUCCGACAGCGGGCAGAAAGAUACUUCGAGUAACGUGGUAUUACGGAGGUCAAGUGCGGAGAGUUUGAUGAGUAAAACAAGUCUACGUAGUUUCAAGAGUGGCUCCAGCCAGAGGAGCGAUGUGGACAGGCUCAUUGAUGCUAUUCAAGAGCCACAUAUGAUCGGCAGAGGCGAUGCUAGUCCAGGAGCACGUUCUAUGCGACCGGCUCUGACGAAGCGCAACAGCCUUGAGCCUGACGCCUCCCGCAUGAGGUCCAGAAGCCUCGAGCACAUCAGCAGUCAAUCUGUUGUUCCUCCGCAUAAGAGAAGCAUGCAGUCCAAUCACCCUGGUGAAGAAAGCGUUGGCGGCUCUGGUGUUCCGAUCACAGCAUUGAAGGUACCUGAUGAAGGGGGUGACAAUCCGAUAGAUCCCCGGCCAAAGCCUGGAAGCGUACUAGGGGAAGUACAGGGCGAUACGCCCGUAGAGCCUUCUGCAGAACCGGAAAAUCUGACUGCGGAUCACAUGCGUGUACUUGUUGCCGAGGAUGAUCCAGUGAAUAGUCGAAUAGUCAAAAAGCGAUUGGAAAAGCUUGGGCACGAAGUUCAUCUUACCGUCAACGGCGAGGAAUGCUCGUCUGCGUACUGCGAUAAUCCAAAAGGCAUUGAUGUUGUCUUGAUGGAUAUGCAGAUGCCAAUCGUCGACGGACUUACCUCAACCAAGAUGAUAAGAUCAUUUGAGAAACUACACCACGAUAUAUACUCUGCCCGCGCUGCCCUUUGCGGACGUGUCCCAAUUAUCGCUGUCUCUGCUUCCCUGAUCGAGCGCGAUCGCCAACAAUACAUCGACGCCGGGUUUGACGCAUGGAUCUUGAAGCCAAUCUCUUUCGACCGACUUAACAAACUCAUCGCUGCCAUCGUUGACACGGACAUUCGGCACGACUGUCUCUACCAACCAGGAGCGUGGGAGAAGGGUGGUUGGUUCCACAGUGGCAAGCACAGCGCUGAUGAGGCUGAUACCAAACCAUCAGGCGAAGCACCAAUGCCCAACCCUUCAGAAGAGGUGGAUGAAGCGAUUAUGAGGUCGGAAGAUCCGAUGGCCGGGGAAGAGAAGGAACAGGGCGAUGUCCCUGAAGAACAGGAACGACUCUUGCACAAUCAGGAAGAGGGAAAGAUUGAGCCACCGGACGACAGCGCCGAACAACCCCCGGCUUGA